AUGUCUCAGUCUACUAUUUCAAGAAAACUUAAACGCUCAGAUUUAUCAAGAAAACGUGUUGAUAAAACUGAAUUUAAUGUGCACACUAAAUGCACAUAUGAUUCUUUGCUAAGAGGUACGCCAGCAAUUUUACAGUCACCUGCAAAUCGUGGUAAGAAUGUUAGUUUAAUUUGUGCUGUUUCAACAACAAGAGUGCUUGCUUAUGAAAUAAAAACUGGAGGCUGGAAUGCAGAUUCCUUUUGUACUUUCAUAACUACAAUGAUGGCACCAGCGAUUAGGAAUGUAAAAGUUGAGGCGCCGGUGCUUGUUAUGGACAAUUGUAUUUUCCACUGGAGUCUUUCUAUUAGGCAAACACUAGCCUCUCAUGAUCCCUGUGAAAUAAAUGAAAUCUGCGAUCAUCGUUGGAUAAAUCAGAGUCUUAAAGAGUUAAAAGAAGUGUUGCGUUCUAAAGUAUUUGGCCAGCACUUAAUUAAUGAUCUUGUUGGUAAAUACGUUAUAGAUCAUAUUGAAAAUGACAGUCCAAAGUCACCUUUAGUCAUGUCUUUCCAUGGAUGUACAGGGUCAGGAAAAAAUUAUGUUUCUCAAAUAAUUGCUAACUCUUUAUUCAAAAAAGGUACGCACAGUAAAUAUUUUCAUCUAACACAUGCAACAAAAGAUUUUCCAAAUGAAAAAAAUUUAGCAGAAUACAAAAACAAUUUAUCUAAGCAUGUAGAGAAUAAUGCUAGGCUAUGUGAGCGUGCAUUAUUCAUCUUUGAUGAAUUUCAUUUAAUGCCAGAGGGUCUUGGCAAUUCUAUUGCUCCAUAUUUGGACUACAACGGUGUAUUAGGGGGCAUAGAUUAUCGCAAAAGUAUGUUUAUAUUUUUAAGCAAUUCUGCCAGUGAAAUUAUAAACAAUCAUACUAUUAAACAUUAUAAAAGUAAUAAAUCCAGAGAGACAAUUAGGAGUAAGGAACUUGAAGAACUUAUAGCUAUUAAUGCUAUAAAUUUACCAGGUGGGUUUAAAAACUCUACUCUCAUUGAAAGAGGAUUAAUAAACGUUUAUGUUCCCUUUCUACCUUUGGAGAGAAAACAUGUUAUACAAUGCGUAAACGAAGAAAUAAGAAGUAGAAAUAAAAAAGUUGAUUAUUCCACUUUAGAGGCCAUUGCUGAUAACAUGCAUUAUUUUCCUGAUGAAAAACAAUUGUUUUCAAAAUAUGGUUGCAAACAAAUUAUUCAUAAAGUAACCCAAUUUUUAAAGAGAGUUUUCUACAAACGAUUAUAUUUAAGAUUAUAUAUUCGGUUUAUAACUUUUUAUUUAACUUUUUUCAAAAACAAUUACUUUUAUUUUAAAGAUAUAGGUGUUGGUACAGAAUUGCGAUAUGACUAUGGCGAUGAUCCCUCUAUAAUGACAUGGCGUAAAGAGGUUAAAAAGUUACAACCAACAAUUAAAAUUAUAUUGUCACAGAUAAUUGGUGACUCAAAGGAUGAGAUCAAUAUUAAAUUACUCAAUCCGCAUCAAAACUCAUUAUUAAUUCACAACCUAGGUUCUGAGGAUUCAGUUGAUUUCGAUUUUGUUGAUACAAAAGUUGUAGAUAAUCUAAAAAACAAAAUAAGCAUUAUGCAUAAAGAUAAAGAAAUUGUUAAUAUGUCUGAUGAAGAAGAUCACCUUGCAGAGGAAGUUAUUAAAAAUUAA